UAUUUGUGAGAACUUAACAGAUUGAUGCAGCGAAGGAUUAAGAUGAUUAAUCUGUUGUGUUGCUUAGUAUUCACUCAUUUACUCAUGCUACAUGUUGCUCCAGAAGCCAGUGCAACAUAUCAGAAUAGCUUCGGGCAUUUCCAUCAACCGGAUGCUACCAAAAAUACUCGUAAAUGCCCCAACACCAGCAAGCGAAUGGACAAAUUCUUUGUCAAGUCUAAAGUUAGGUGUGCUUCGGCGUGUCUUCAAGACUUUCGCUGUUGCUCCUUCAGCGUAGCGGCCAAGAUAGAUGAGGCAGGUAACAUCAUGUGCGAACUGUAUUCGGUUUCGCUUGGAGAGGGUGGAGGGAUAUCUUUAGGGGAAUUUGCUAGUAGAGGAAAGUGUCAGUAUCUGGAGCUGACUGGGGUAGGAUGCGGGAGCAAUGGAUGCAGAAGAGGAGAUGAGAGAUGUACGAUGUACGAAUCGACUUCAGUAAAGUCAACAACGGAGGUUCUUCCUGGUGGAGGUAGUCAGUCAGGGGAAAAAAAAUAAGAUCUCCCACCAACUACAACUAGUACAGAAUCGGUUUCCAAGGGGCAAUCUUCUUAAUGAGGGUUCAAAGUACGAUUGUGUAAUAACACAGUGCUGGGCAGUGUGUCUAUAUGAGUUAGUAUAUCUUCUUCUUCUCGAGUGUUCGUUUUACCCAUCCCUUCCUUUCAUGAGGAAGACCGUUCCAUUCAAAAAUUGUCUGACUAAAUAAGGGGGAAAGUCCUCACUUUGGGUAGGAAGAUGUUAAAAUUUCCCUGCUUUGGGGUGCAUUUUCAUUGAAAAUGAAACCAGAACCCUUAUUGUGUAUACGGUCUUUCGUUAAAAACCCAGUUGAUAAUGUAGGCCUAAUACAAGUUUCAUUUCAGAUGUAUUUUCUGAUACAGUGUGUUUCUUCUAUAAUUCAGCGUCUAGAUAUAGAACGCAAGGUAAAUAUCGAUACGAUUAAUGCAUAUUUUGAAUGUUAAGAGAUGUUAAAAAUGUAUGUACGUUUAUGUAGGCAAGAAAUAGAACAUACAAGUAAAAUCCUGUAAAUUGUUAUUAAAUAAUUGAUUAACUGUUUACUACUACUAGUAAAGAUUCGAAAUGUAUAAAAUACAACUGGGAGAUUUUCAUUGUGAUCAUUGUAGUUUUGUAUGAUGCAUUGUUAUCUUGUUAGAAAUAUUACUCCCCCCCCCCCCCCCUAAAAAGAAAAGAAAGAAGAUUUAGAUGACCAGAAGACAUGAUAGUAGUAGACUUUUAUAGAGUCACUAUCUUCGUUGUUCACAACCAAACGCAUUCCCUGUAAAU